AUGCUAGCCAAUGUUACAGCCGUGAUUGCGAAACAGGCAGCCGUUAGAGGUGUCAAGUACCUUCUAAAGCGUGUGGUGGACGACGAAGACGAGAUUCCCGAUGUGACUACUCCUGAUCCCGAGGAAGAUGCCGACCCAGUGACGGAGGAGAUGUUUUCGUCGUGGGCGCUUUUCAUUCUUCUAUUUCUUCUUUGUUCGGCGUUGUGGUCGUCUUAUUAUCUUCAGCAAAGACGUAUCAAGGCCAUUCAUGAGACGGUCUUGUCGAUUUUCUAUGGUAUGGUGGUGGGCUUGAUCAUUAGAGUGGCCCCUGGCCAUUAUAUCCAAGAUGCUGUGAAGUUCAAGUCGGGGUACUUUUUCAAUAUUCUUUUGCCGCCUAUUAUUUUGAACUCGGGGUACGAGCUACAUCAGGCGAAUUUUUUCAGGAACAUAGGUUCGAUUUUGACGUUUGCAAUCCCGGGAACGUUUAUAUCUGCCAUGGUGCUUGGUAUUAUUUUGUACGUGUGGACGGCUUUGGGCGUGGAUGGAGUGAAGCUUGAGUUUGUGGAUACAUUGGCUGUGGGCGCUACGCUAUCGGCCACUGACCCAGUCACCAUUUUAUCCAUUUUUAACGCAUACAAGGUUGAUCCUAAACUUUAUACCAUUAUCUUUGGCGAAUCGCUUUUGAACGAUGCCAUUUCCAUUGUCAUGUUCGAGACAUGUGCUAAGUUCCACGGCAAGAACGUGACGUUUUCGUCGUUCUUCGAGGGUGUGGCUUUGUUCUUGAUGACUUUCACCAUUUCCACUUUUAUCGGUAUCGCUAUUGGUAUCAUUGUUGCGUUGAUUUUGAAGCAUUCUCAUAUCCGUCGCUACCCACAGAUUGAAACGUGCUUGGUGUUGCUUUUCGCUUACCAAUCGUACUUCUUUUCCAACGGUGCCCACAUGUCGGGUAUCGUCUCGUUGCUUUUCUGCGGCAUCACAUUGAAACACUACGCCUACUUUAACAUGUCCAGAAGAACCCAAAUUGCAACAAAGUAUAUAUUCCAGUUCCUUGCGCAACUAUCGGAGAAUUUCAUCUUCAUUUACUUGGGUUUGUCCUUGUUUACUGAAGUUGAAUUGGUCUUCAAGCCCUUGUUGAUCAUUGUGACCUUCAUCUCCAUUUGUAUUGCCAGAUGGUGUGCUGUUUUCCCACUCUCCAGAUUAUUGAACUUCCUUUACCGUUCCAGGUUUGAAAGGUUCAGCAGAAACACCGUCAUGGCAGGUGGUAUCUCGUCUCAGUCACAACCAGAAGAUAUCAGCCAUCCUUAUCAAAUGAUGAUUUUCUGGGCUGGUUUGAGAGGUGCUGUCGGUGUUGCAUUGGCUUUGGGUAUCCAGGGUGAGGCCAAAUGGACUCUUCUAGCCACCGUCUUGGUUGUUGUCGUGCUUACAGUCAUUUUCUUCGGCGGUACUACCGCUUCCAUGCUUGAAAUCUUAGGUAUUAAGGUGGGCUGUGUCGAAGAGAAUGACUCAGAUGAUGAAUUCGAUAUUGAAGCUCCUCGUGUUGCCCUUGAAUCUACUCCUAACGUCAACAUCAUGGGAAGCAGAAGAUAUGAAAAUGCUCCAUACGGUAACGGCAACUCGACCUCCAACUACAGAACUAGCAGCAACACGAGCCUUCCUUACAUUAAGGGAUCAAGUCAGAGCUCAAGGAACAACUCGAAUCCUGAGCUUCCGCAUGAUGAUGACGAUUUGAAUGGAAGCGAUGCAGAUGAUGUCUUCUCCGCUGGCACCAGAAACCCUGAAACGAUGCACGCUGCAUCGGCUGCUCUUGCACAACAAUCUACCAAUGGUAUCUUGGGCGCUUUCCUAAGUGCCGAGGAACAUGCAAAGUGGUUCACCAAGUUUGACGAGGAGGUGUUGAAACCAGUUCUUCUCGACAAAUCACCAGGUCAACGGGGUAACGAUGACGAGGAAUCUAACGUGUAA